AUGCCUCUAGGCAACACCCUGGACUCCAUUAACCCUGACAGUGAAGCUGCGGCCAAGACGGAGCUGCGCAAGCUUCAGCACCAGUAUCACACCCUGGAGAAUGAAUACAAGAUCUACUGUGACGAGGCGCAGCACCUGAUUCGGCGACAGGGAGAUGAGAUCAACGCACUGUUAAAAGAGCACAAAGAGAUCGACACGGACAUGCUGCUGCUGAACUCGGACCAGAAUGUCCUGCAGGACGGGGCUGACCUGAUGGAGAUGAAGUCCCUGCUGGAGAGCAUGGACGAGUGUGACAGGCUCAUCAAGAAGCACAAAGAACACAUGAGCCAGCUGGACACACAGAUCAAAGAGAUCAAAGGAAAAAUCUUUGAGAAAAGGAAGAUAAUGGGAGGGCCAAUCGGUAGACAGAGGCAGACAGCUUCCAUGCAGAAGCAUAUCAGAGUGCAGGAGAGCCUUCUACAGCAGGCCACUGUGCGUUUUGACAAGCUGCUGGCCAAGAACACAGCCCUCCGAGAGGAGAUUGAGGACCACAGGUUCUGGAGGGACAAGUAUGGGAACUUCUUCCACAAGAUCAGCAGGGGACUGUGCCUCCAGCAGCAGCUCAUGAACAAGCUUGUGGAGCAGUCAACCGAAGCCUAUGAGCAAAGGUCAGAGGCUCUGGCCCGCGCGUUAGCGGUAAGGGAUCGCAGUCAGAAGGACAAGGCCUUGUUCAACACGGAGCUGCAAGAGUUGCUGAGGAUCCUCGACCACGACCACAAACUGAGGAACUUCAUGAUGCACAAAUCACACGAGCGCAGCGUUGCAGAGGACGAGGAGAUGAAAGUCGCCAAAAAGAAAAACACCGAGCAGAGACUGACUGAGCGGGUGGGCGGCGACUCCUUCGAGAGCUACCAGACUGCGUACCAGCGCGUGGUGGAGCUGACAGGGCAGGAGAACGUAGACGUGAUCAGGCAGCAGUUCGCUGAGAACGAGGAGAAGAACUUUGCUUACUUCAGCUACAUCAACGAGCUCAAUAACCAGACGGAGAUGCUGCAGGAAAAGAUACAAAAACUGCAGGGGGAAAUUCUUCAGUUCCAGUUUCAGAAUAAGCAAUUGAAUGUGGACAGGCAUGCAGCCCUGAAGGACUUGGAGAUGACACUGGAGAGGACGACUCUGCAGGCCAAUGACCUGGAGCUCCAGUAUCGGCUGACCUGUAAAUCCCUGGACCAGCUCAAGACUGGCGUGGAGUCCCUCUUCACCAAGAUGAACUGCAACCCCUCUUCCAUCGUGGACAAGCUGGGGGGAAGCCAAGGCAUCACUGACUUCAACAUUGUGCAGUACAUCGGUAUUCUGGAGCAUAAGACCAGCGACCUGAUGAUGGCUCUGACCUUUCUGGGCAUGAAGGAAGCCGAAUAUCAAGACAUUCCUCCCACUAACCCUCUGCUGGGCGGCUCCUCGCUGUUGCCUGUUGUGCAGGACGUUAAAAUAGACGUGCCUUCGGCCAUGGAGGGGGGUGACUCGGACCCACCGGAGAUUCCAGAGUGGCCCCUGGAUUUUGAAUCCUUGCAGGACAAGGUUCUCCAGAAGGUCCUGGUUAAAGAGCAGCUCUGCAAAGGGAUGGAGGGGUCCAGAACAGACAGGGGGGUCCGUGACGGCAGGAAGACCCUGAAAAUCCUGUGAUCAGUGCAGGCACGGCCACCACGCCAGCCUCCACCUACGGAGUACCCCCUUAAGUAUUUUAUUAUAUUAACAAUAUCCCAAGAAUACAACAAGUGCUUGAACUACCAGAGUUGCUGUUGAGUCACUUAACCUAGUGCGAUCACUCUUUGCUAUUUCAGCUGCUGAAGGCUGUUGCAAGGAUCCCAUUAGAAUUACAUACAAACAACUGCCAUAUAUAGCACACACUUUGGUGCCUGAUUAUUUUGAUAGGCAAAUGGGAUCCCUGAAAUAUAUUGUGGGAUAUAUAAAAGCUGUAUCUCCUUGUUUUCAAUCAGAAAUUUGUCAGCAGACUUGAGAGAAUUUGAUAGUAGCUGCUUGGUUGGCAGUCAUCCCUUCAGUCACGUCGAAUACAGUAUAGUACACCUUGCUGACAGUGCUAUGGCAGGUGCUUUCUCAUUUGCUUGCAGAGUUGAGUGAAGCAGUAUUUUUUAAGUCUGCCAGAGGAAUUGUGAGCCUACAGCUGUGGCCAAACAUUUUGCAUUACCUAGAUUUAAGGACUGAGACAUAAUAAUAAAGA